UACAGUAGUGCUGCUGAUGCUGCUCAGUUUAAAAACAGGAUGCGUGAACAGUCGUCACGAGACCGCCGCGCGCAACUCCCUCACAACAGCAUCAAACGGAUAAUGUCCCACAUUAUCAACCUUUAUUUAUAUGAAAAGUGUGGUGUUUAAACCCUAAAGGCGCAGAAGAUGGGGGAUAAGUUCGAGUUGCUGAAGACACCUGUCAAUAGGACAGCUGCGCGGAAGAAGAACAAGAAUGAGAAACUGCGAUUACGCGUCAUCUUCUUAGACGACAGUGAGAGAGUUUUCGAGGUGGAGAGAAAGAUUCUGGGUUCUGAUUUCUUCAAUAAGGUGUGUGGUCAUCUAAAGCUGCUAGAGAAGGAGUACUUUGGCCUAGAGUUCCGUCACCAUACUGGCAGCUAUGUCUGGCUUGAACUCCUGAAACCAGUGUCUAAGCAGAUCAAAAAUACCAGUGAUGUGGCGUUCCAUUUUAUAGUGAAAUUUUUCCCUCCUGACCCAGGACAACUGCAGAGAGGCUUAACCAGGUAUCUGUUUGCCCUUCAGAUCAAACAGGAUCUGUCAAAUGGCAGUCUCACCUGUAAUGAUAACAGCGCCGCCCUACUGGUCUCUCAUAUACUGCAAGCAGAAAUUGGGGAUUAUGAUGACGAGUUGGAUGCUCAUCAUCUUGAAAAUAAGCAAUAUGUGCCAAACCAGGAGUACUUGGACCACAAAAUCACUCGCUUUCACAAAAAGCACAGAGGACACACUCCUGCUGAAUCAGAUGUGCAUUUGUUGGAGGUUGCCCGGAAAAUGGACAUGUACGGGAUCCGUCCUCACCCUGCCCAUGAUGGAGAAGGCAUGAGAAUCAACCUCGCUGUCACACAUAUGGGGGUACUCGUUUUUCAGGGAAACACAAAGAUCAAUACCUUCAGCUGGGCCAAGAUCCGUAAGCUAAGCUUCAAGAGGAAACAUUUCCUUAUCAAACUCCACACUGAAACUGGGCCUUCGAGGAGGGACACUGUUGAGUUUUCCAUGGCAAGCAGAGAUGUGUGUAAGGCGUUCUGGAAAAUGUGUGUGGAGUAUCACGCUUUCUUCAGACUUGCUGAGGAGCCCAAGUCACAUCAAAAGUCCAUUCUGUCUAGCAAAGGAUCCAGUUUCAGAUACAGUGGCAGGACACAGAAGCAACUUCUUGAGUGUGUGGGCUCUGGAGACAGGAAACAUUUGCCUUUUGAAAGAAGUUACUGCAAGUCUGAAUAUGACACUCGACAAUGCAGAUCCUCUCCUGACAUACUAACUGACGUCUCUAAGCAGCUGUACGAGCAUCUACCUCCCGACCAAACUGUUGCCGGGCAACACAGCGAACAGACAGGCGUAGCAAAGCGCAGUCUAUCUGCGGUGGAAGUCAUGUUCACUAAUGAGCUCGAGCGAUCCAGGCCCUUGUCAAGAAAUCCUGCCUUCUCAAGCAACUCUGCCUCACCCAAGCUUCGUUCCCUGUCUACAUCAGGAGUAGAACAUCGUGGUAGAGGAGCCCAGAGACAGAAGGCAAAGCGACGAUUGUCUCCCAACGCUCAGCAUCUCGUGCUCCUCUAUCCUAAUACGCCCCACCUCCAGUUCCACCCUGUUCUGCCCACUUUCCCACUCGCCACUCACCCGUACAUACUGCAAGACCACACGUCUUCAUCCCUAGACCGCCUCCCUCAAACCCAUCACAACCAUGUGCCUCUGCAAUACUUGCCCAGACAAAUUGCCCACUCGUCCUUGCCAUCCUCUUGCUUGUCGCCACAACUUCAGAAGCAGCAGGAAAGGCUCCGUCCUGCUGGCCUGGGAUUAGUCGAAUCAAGACCGUACCCCAGAGGAGGACUAGGGCUGAGGGCUGGGUUGAAUAGGAAACUAGACUUAAGUAGAGUGGAAGCAGGCCAUUACAGUGACGACUCCACCUUUCAGACCGGCUUGCCGCGUCGAACCUCAAGCCAACCAGACUUCAAAUUCCAGCGACCUACACUUGCCUCAAAUGCUGCUGCAUAUGCAUCCGAGUAUCGCCCGCUGGGAUAUUAUCCACACCUUUCUCGGCAUCAGGUUCCUGCCAGGCCCACCUACCUUCCUCUAAGUCCUGCCCCUCUCCCAGAAAGACCCACUUCUUUAUGUGUACUCGGCACAGGUAGUUAUAGUGAUUCGGAUUCAGACACCUUCUACCCAUAUUUUCCUGCACUGGGUAAAGUGGUACGUUCUGGACCACUGGCACGCAUGCGCUUCUCUUCUGGAAGCCUCCAACUUGAUGAAGAGGAUGGAGAGGAAGAGGAAGAUGAAGAUGAAGAGGACUGCCCGAAUGAUCAGGAGAACACAACUCUCACCACUGUUAAGAUGAUGAAGUUAUAGUAGCCAUGCUCAGAAUUUUGGCCCUAAAUGAUGGGACUCAACAAAUAAUAUAAACUGUUAAAGGCACAAUAUGUAAGAUUUUUAGAUUAAAAUAUCCAAACAUCACUAGAACAAUAUUAUAUUUUUUUUUGACUUGUGUACUUACAUUAUCCCAAACAUUUCCAACAAUGUUUAAAUCCAAAGAAAUCAGCAAUUUUAACCAGGACACAGACCGGAUGACGUCAUAUCCGCGCUACCUUUGAUUUCCAGUUUUACAAAUAUCGAUCUAGAUUACUGCAAAGUGCAACAAGUCUCUCAUAGCUAGUGUUGUAGUCAAGACCACCUAAUUCGAGACCAAGUCAAGACCAAGACCAGUAUGUGUUCAGACCAAGACAAGACCAAUGCUGCAUCCCAAUUCACCUAGUUAUACUACGCCCUAAAAGUAUGUACUGUUUUUGUGAAGAAAAAGUACAUACUUUUGAGUGUGUAGCAGAAGAGUGUGCAAGCUUUGGGACAUACUACUUUUAACGGACGUUUGUCGCUUAGUUACGCAACCUGUAACCAUUUAAACUGCCCUGUCAAUCAUCUUGUCACAGUUAAAAUCCUCCACAUUCAAUUAAAUUGAAUUUCCUAUCGUUCCGGAGAGAAAUGUAGUCGCACGUUGAUCUGCCAGUCAUGGGUCUUUGAUGUGGAGAACUCUCCUCAUAAUGAUGCAUUUAACCAAACCAAAUUGACCAAACACAUCGUUAUAAAAGUUCACAAUGCUGUUGCUGAUGAAAUAUAACGUGGAUAACAUUUAAUAAAUAUAUUUUCAUCAGGUUAGAUACUGAUUAUUAAUCACUCAAACCCCUUUAUCUUAAACGCUCUGCUUAACCAUCGUACUCGCACAUCCCACGUUUGUAGUUUUUUUAACACUUUUUAUUCGUAUUUGUAGUUCUAAUCGAAUCCUCGUCCACAGCGCAAUGUGUUAUGGGCAAUAUUAGCCGUUAGAGUGUGCACAGAUCUGCACUUCGGAUUCUAACCGGAAAAAGUAGACCAUCCGGGUAUCUUUGGAAUACUCAUUUCAACAUACUACGAUUUGGGACACAUUAAUUCUAAUUUCGAAUACUAUUUACGACGGAUAGUAUGCAAAUUGGGACGCAGCACAAGACUUUUAGGGGUUGAGACCAAGACGAGACCAAGGCAGGGUGAGACCGAGUCGAGACCAAGACCCGAUUAGCACUCAAAUUCAUCUGAAAGAUCCACAUUUACUGCCUGAGAAAUGUCUUAUUUUUAUUCAAUAAAUAGCUACAAUUAGAAUAAUAAGACAAUAUAUAGAGCUGUUAACAAUCAAAUGAAAUCACUAACAACAAAAUUCAUUGUUGCACUGCAAGUGGCACAGAAAUUGCAUCCAAAUAGGUAAAAUUACAAAUGCCUAAACAAUGUUUUGUUUAUUGAACAUUUGUAUAAAAUCGAUAUCACAUUUGCAGUUGUGCUCAAAUUUGUGAAAACAGCUUGCUCUUGCUCUUGUUAAAUUGCUUUUUAAAUAAUUAUAUCAUAUGUUGUAAUAUAAAAAUCCAGAUCUAUUGGAUCUACAUUAGAUUAAAUGACAGAAGUACUUUUUUGAAUUUUGUGGCCAUUUGUAUCAAUCCCUUAUUAAUUUCUUACCCAGCACAACAGUAUAAAUAAAUCAAAUUAGAAAUAAGUUAUUGAUUGCAUCCGAAGCAAGAAGUUUUACAUCUAAUCACAUUAAUGAUGUUAAUAAAUUAGACAAUGCACUGGCAAUUUAAUGAUAUCCAAUAAAAGCUCAGCUGGACUCGAGAUCGGUGUGAAUCGCAGGUGUCUUUCAUUAGCAUUUGAUCCAGUGGCCCCUUCCGCUCCCACGGCUCUCAACCUGUCCUGCUUCAUACCACCGUAAUGUUAGUAAAACUUUAAUACAUUAACUCGUUCAUGAACAUGAUUUCUGCCCGCGUUCAUCGGAUUCCGUACCAUCGGCUGGCUGUGGAGGUGAAGAUGACAACUUCCAUGAUUCCACACUCAUUUACGGUGUCAUCAAGCUGCGCCUUUGUUUUGAAUAAGCGACCUCUAGUGGCAAAAAUUACAUAUUGUGCCUUUAAGAACUGCAGACGUUGCACUCUGAGAAGAAAUGGUACAAAUCUGUUACUGGGGCAGGACCCUUUUGUACACUUAAAGCCUAAAAGGUUAUUGCCCCAGUGACAGCUUUUGUACCAUUUUUUUUUCUGUGUGGUAGUAACAAAAACAGAGGGGCACAUUUUUUUUUAAUCAGGUGACAUUAGGUAAUAUUUCUGUAAAUAAGGGGAGA